AUGGAGAACGCGCACACAAAGACGGUAGAGGAAGUGCUGGGUCACUUCGGCGUCAACGAGAGCACAGGGCUGAGCCUGGAGCAGGUCAAGAAGCUCAAGGAGAGAUGGGGCUCCAACGAGUUACCGGCUGAAGAAGGAAAAACCUUGCUGGAACUUGUGAUUGAGCAGUUUGAAGACUUACUAGUUAGAAUUUUAUUGUUGGCAGCAUGUAUAUCUUUUGUUUUGGCUUGGUUUGAAGAAGGUGAAGAAACAAUUACAGCUUUUGUAGAACCCUUUGUGAUUUUACUUAUAUUAGUAGCCAAUGCAAUUGUGGGUGUAUGGCAGGAAAGAAAUGCUGAAAAUGCAAUCGAAGCCCUUAAGGAGUAUGAGCCUGAAAUGGGCAAAGUGUAUCGACAAGACAGGAAGAGUGUACAGCGGAUUAAAGCUAAAGACAUAGUUCCUGGUGAUAUUGUAGAAAUUGCUGUUGGUGACAAAGUUCCUGCAUAGUGCAGACUGCACAGAUCUAAACAAACCUUCUGUAUCACAACCUGCUUAGGUGAAUCUGUCUCUGUCAUCAAGCACACUGACCCCGUCCCUGACCCACGGGCCGUCAAUCAAGAUAAGAAGAACAUGCUCUUUUCUGGUACAAACAUUGCUGCCGGCAAAGCCAUGGGAGUGGUGGUGGCAACUGGAGUAAACACUGAAAUUGGCAAGAUCCGGGAUGAAAUGGUGGCCACGGAACAGGAGAGAACACCCCUCCAGCAGAAACUAGAUGAAUUUGGGGAACAGCUGUCCAAAGUCAUCUCCCUUAUAUGCAUUGCGGUCUGGAUCAUAAACAUUGGACACUUCAAUGACCCAGUUCAUGGAGGCUCCUGGAUCAGAGGUGCUAUUUACUACUUUAAAAUUGCUGUGGCCCUGGCUGUAGCAGCCAUUCCUGAAGGUCUGCCUGCUGUCAUCACCACCUGUCUGGCUCUUGGAACUCGCAGAAUGGCAAAGAAAAAUGCCAUUGUUCGAAGUCUCCCUUCCGUGGAAACCCUUGGUUGUACUUCUGUUAUCUGCUCAGACAAGACUGGUACACUGACAACGAACCAGAUGUCAGUCUGCAGGAUGUUCAUUCUGGACAAAGUUGACAGUGAUACUUGUUCCCUUAAUGAGUUUACCAUAACUGGAUCAACAUAUGCACCUAUUGGAGAAAUACAUAAAGAUGAUAAACCAGUGAAUUGUCAUCAGUAUGAUGGUCUUGUGGAAUUGGCAACAAUUUGUGCUCUCUGUAAUGACUCUGCUUUGGAUUACAAUGAGGCGAAGGGUGUGUAUGAAAAAGUUGGAGAAGCUACAGAGACUGCUCUCACUUGCCUGGUAGAGAAGAUGAAUGUAUUUGAUACUGAAUUGAAGGGUCUUUCUAAAAUAGAACGAGCAAAUGCCUGCAACUCGGUCAUUAAACAGUUGAUGAAAAAAGAAUUUACUCUAGAGUUUUCACGCGAUAGAAAAUCGAUGUCAGUUUACUGUACACCAAACAAACCAAGCCGGACAUCGAUGAGCAAAAUGUUUGUGAAGGGUGCCCCCGAAGGUGUCAUUGACAGGUGUACCCACAUUCGAGUUGGAAGUACUAAAGUCCCCAUGACUCCUGGAGUCAAACAGAAGAUCAUGUCUGUCAUUCGGGAAUGGGGCAGUGGCAGCGACACACUGCGAUGCCUGGCUCUGGCCACUCACGACAACCCACUGAGAAGAGAAGAAAUGAACCUGGAGGACUCUGCCAACUUUAUUAAAUAUGAGACCAAUCUGACUUUUGUUGGCUGUGUGGGCAUGCUGGACCCUCCAAGAAUUGAAGUGGCCUCCUCUGUGAAGCUGUGUCGGCAGGCAGGCAUCCGGGUCAUCAUGAUCACCGGUGACAACAAGGGCACCGCUGUGGCCAUCUGCCGGCGCAUUGGCAUCUUCAGGCAGGACGAGGAUGUGACGUCAAAGGCCUUCACGGGUCGGGAGUUUGAUGAGCUCAGUCCUUCAGCCCAAAGAGAAGCCUGCUUGAAUGCCCGCUGUUUUGCUCGAGUUGAACCUUCCCACAAGUCUAAAAUUGUAGAGUUUCUUCAGUCUUUUGAUGAGAUUACAGCCAUGACUGGAGACGGUGUGAAUGAUGCUCCUGCUCUGAAGAAAUCUGAAAUCGGCAUUGCCAUGGGCUCUGGCACCGCGGUGGCUAAAACCGCCUCUGAGAUGGUCCUGGCUGAUGACAACUUCUCCACCAUCGUGGCUGCCGUGGAGGAGGGACGGGCAAUAUACAACAACAUGAAGCAGUUUAUCCGCUACCUCAUCUCGUCCAAUGUCGGGGAAGUUGUUUGUAUUUUCCUAACAGCAGCCCUUGGAUUUCCUGAGGCUUUAAUUCCUGUCCAGCUGCUCUGGGUCAAUCUGGUGACAGAUGGCCUGCCUGCCACUGCACUGGGGUUCAAUCCUCCUGAUCUGGACAUUAUGAACAGACCACCUCGGAACCCAAAGGAACCACUGAUCAGUGGGUGGCUCUUUUUCCGUUACCUGGCUAUUGGCUGUUAUGUUGGCGCUGCUACCGUGGGUGCUGCUGCGUGGUGGUUCAUUGCUGCCGAGGGUGGUCCGAGAGUGUCCUUCUACCAGCUGAGCCAUUUCCUACAGUGUAAAGAGGACAACCCGGACUUUGAAGGAGUAGAUUGUACAAUCUUUGAAUCCCCAUACCCAAUGACAAUGGCGCUCUCUGUUCUAGUAACCAUAGAGAUGUGCAACGCUCUCAACAGCUUGUCUGAAAACCAGUCCCUGCUGAGGAUGCCCCCUUGGGAGAACAUUUGGCUCGUGGGCUCCAUCUGCCUGUCCAUGUCACUCCAUUUCUUAAUCCUCUACGUGGAACCCUUGCCACUUAUCUUCCAGAUCACACCACUGAAUUUGACCCAGUGGCUGAUGGUGCUGAAAAUCUCCUUGCCUGUGAUUCUAAUGGAUGAGACCCUCAAGUUUGUGGCCCGCAACUACCUAGAACCUGGUAAAGAGUGUGUGCAGCCUGCCACCAAAUCCUGCUCGUUCUCAGCAUGCACCGAUGGGAUCUCCUGGCCCUUUGUGCUGCUCAUAAUGCCCCUGGUGAUCUGGGUCUAUAGCACAGACACUAACUUUAGUGAUAUGUUCUGGUCUUGA